UUACCCUCUCUCUCUCUCCCCCUCAUCUAAUCAAAUGUAUUGAGUUGUCUCGUAAAUUAAAGAUUACUUUUGUUUAUUUAUUUAUUUUAAUUUCCCUAUCUGAUUUUGAUAUCCUCCUCCACCACCCAACAGGGCCUCCAUUCUCUUCUCUCCCCCUUUUUUUUUUUUUUUUUCACACUGUGUUCUUGGCUUUCUUUGUUUUCUCCCCAGGAGGAAAGGGAACAUUAAAUCGAAUAAAAAAGCACCCCAACCAACAUGGGUGCUUUCGUUCUCUAUUUAUUCUGAGUCACUCAACCUGUGAUUCUCCAAAUAGAUCGGCUUUUUUCGUUUCAUUUCUGCCGUUUCUUUAUGUAGGUGGUGUGAAAAAUUUUGCGACUCAAUCAAUUGGCAAUGCUGCAUUAGUGGGAUUUGUACUGCAAGAUUCUUUAGUCGAUGAAGGAGGUUUGAGGGUUGAUGCUUGUGAUUUGGGAAAGUUGCGUUCCUGUUCUACAUGCUAACUCCCAAGAUCUGCUGAAUUUUGUGCAUGGCUUGCUGCUUCAUUGAGGAAUUCGUUUUAUAUAUUUAACUUUAUUGAGUUGGGAAACUCAAUAGAUUCCUUCAAUGCAAGGGCAGAGAGGUACAAUUGGUUCCAUGUCUGAAACCUUAGAAUUUGAUUGUGGAUCUACAUCGAGUAAUGCUGCUGUGGAUCAGUCUAUUUGCUGGAAUAAUGUGCGGAAUCCUGCAGAAAAUCAAAUACCUGAAUAUAUACUUUCUCCCAGUGAUAUAAACCCAUCUUAUGUGAAUCCUAUAAACCAUGAAUGGCAAAAUUUGAGUGGAUGGAGCUUAGGGGAGCCUAGCUCUAGUAAUGCACCAAAUGAGAUUAACAAUAACGAGCAAAAAAGAGAACUUGGAUGGUCAUCAUCCAUUAGUUCUGGUGCAUUAAUUGGUCCAAGACUAGAAGAAAGGCGCCUUGAACCAACCAAUGUUCUUUCACUGGACAACACCAGUACAGGUCCUAUGUAUAUGCGGAGCUCCAAUUCUCAUUUAAUGUCCCAGAAUCUCAACUUAAAUGCAGGUUUGGCAGACAGUGGCAGUGAUAAUAGUCAACAACUGGAGCACCCUAACUUGCGUAAGUCCAGUCUAUCAGUGAAUGAGUCUGCUCCAUCCAAUAUUGGCUCUGGUUCUUUUUUGCUUCCUUCUAGAAAUAAUGGCUUCUUAGAAGAUACUGAUGGUAGGCCAGGUUGUUCAGUGGACACUCACCGUGUAUCCUGUAAAAGAAAAGCUGUGGAUGGAAAUGCUGGCCAAUCUUCAGAUGGUGGAAGUUCUAGCUACAGUCAGCAUACAGAUGGUAGUGCUUGGCACUCUAUCCCUACUCAGGGUAAUGCUGGGUACAUUUCAAGCAGAUCUAUUUCCUCAGAACAGGUAAACGCGAGACUUGGCCUGGCUAUGGGCGAUGAAGCCUCUGAAAGUGUUCCUGAUUCAAACAUUGCAGGAAACUCAGAAAGCUUCCACAGGAAUUUCCGUCUGAGGAUAAAUCCUUCAAACCAACAAAAUUUCAUUCCUCCUACUGCAUUCGCAACUGGGAGCAUGAUUCGGCAUUCUGGUGCUUCUUCUUCUCAGGUGUCACAAAGGUUUCAUCCUGUCGAUAAUUCUCUGAACCUGAGGUCAGUACCACCAAUAGAUAAUAUGAUUCCUCACAGCCAGCCGCUCGUAAUCCAUGUUCCUGCUUUGCCAAGGAAUAGGCAAUCAUUUAGAUGGAGUGGUGGUUCUAGCUCCAGAAAUAUCCAUUCAUCAAAUUCAGCCAUAUGUCCGGACAGGGAUAAUCUACCACAGGAGAAUUCAAGCUCAAGAAGUAUGUCCAGAAAUAUUUUAGAACACCCAGUGUUUGUACCUGCAACUGAUUUAAGAAAUUUGGUUCAAAAUCCAACAAUUAGAGCUUCAAGUUCAAGUAGUGCAAAUUUAAAUAUUCCAGGAAAUGUUGCUUCUUCUUUGCGGAUUGGAUCCAAUCCAGCUGUCAAUCCCUCAUCUGCCUCAACUUGGGUUUCUCGUCCUAAUCCUCCGCAGCAUCCUCGGAGGUUAUCUGAAUAUGUUCGCCGGUCCUUGUUUUCUCCUGGUUCUGAGGCUACUGGCGGUUCGAGCAAUAAUUAUUCUUCAUUGCGCUCUGGUCCUUCUACAUCUGAAUCGAGGUUGUUAUCAUCUGGGGCACACCCAAGAUCAUCUUCAUGGUUGGAGAGGCAGGGAGAUAGUGACUUUGGAAUUCCCUAUUCAUUACGUACUUUGGCUGUUGCAAGUGAAGGAAGUAGUAGACUUGUAUCUGAGCUUCGCAAUGUUUUGGGCCUUAUGCGAAGGGGUGGGAACCUGCGAUUCGAGGAUGUUAUGAUCCUUGAUCAGACUGUAUUUUCUGGAAUGGCUGAUAUUCAUGAUCGACACAGGGAUAUGAGACUUGAUGUUGAUAACAUGUCUUAUGAGGAGCUAUUGGCUCUGGAAGAGCGCAUUGGAAAUGUGAGUACUGGAUUGAGUGAGGAAACCGUAUUGAAACUUUUGAAACAGAAAAAGUAUUCAAUUGAAACGGAAUCUCAGCUUGAUGCAGAGCCCUGUUGUGUUUGUCAGGAGAAUUACGGUGAUGGAGAUGAUAUCGGAACGCUUGAUUGUGGCCAUGAUUACCAUAGCAACUGUAUUAAACAGUGGCUAAUGCAUAAGAACCUGUGUCCUAUUUGUAAGACAACGGGUUUGACAACAUGAGAUUUGUCACUUGAUUCUCCGGCAAAUAUGAAGAUGAAGAAAAAUGACACAAUUUACCCAGGAAAUUCGGGUUAAUUGAAGCAGAAUCCCCUGGUGCUUUGCUGCCUUGUCAUACCUUGUUUUCUAUGUGUAGCCUAGUAAAUUGCCGUACCUGCCUGAAAAAGGUCUCCCCAACCCUUGGCUCCCCCGAAUAACAUUUUGUUUAUUUAUCUAAAGCCAAUGAUCUCCCGGUUUAGGUGACGGAUGAAGUGGAUGGAGGUGCAACUCUUAACUGCUGCAGUUGACAAGGCUUGGUUUACAUUUAUGAAAAAAAUUUACAUUGCUCAUAGUGCUCUGAUUGGAUUUAUGACUUAAAAGGAAAACUUGGUAUAAGAAUAUUAUUCAAAUGUAAGUUACUGGAUUUUACAUAUUUGGGUCCUGUUAUGAACUAUGAUGUUAUGACCAAACUAAGCUCCCGCAUUUGCUAU